GCUAACCACAUUCUGAUGUAAGAUCUAAAUCUAACCUGAAACAAAAUGACCCUCAAAUUUUGAAAAAAGAAAGGCAAACGACAACAGGCGAAAAUAUGUCUCAAAAAUUAGAUAAGAGCGUCGCUCAAAAAGAAGUCGUUCAAGCGGUUGUUAUUGCAGAACAUUUUGGAAAUGAAUUCAUGCCGAUUACUGAUGAUACACCUCUAACUCUUUUGCCGUUGCUUAACGUACCAUUACUUGAAUACACUUUGGAAUUUUUAUCCUUGGGUGGUAUCGAGGAAACCUUUCUCUUUUGCUGUUCCAAUGUUGUUAUGAUAAAACAGCAUAUUAAUAGCAGCAUUGAGAAAUCCGCAGGAUGGUCAUUAACGAUGAAAGUGCACGUUAUUGUUUCUGAAACAUGCAGGUCGUUCGGCGACUGUAUCAGAGAUCUGGAUGCGAAGGCAUUAAUUCGUGGCGAUUUUGUUUUACUAGAACCAGGAAUUGUUGGAAACAUAAAAUUACUUCCCAUUAUAAAAAAGCACAAUGAAACAUGCAACACGGAUAAGGGUGCCGCAAUGACUCUGAUAUUACAAGAGGCUGGGUUAGGUCAGAGAGGUAGGUGUUCUUUUGAGGAAGUGUUAAUGGUGGCUACACCCAAUAAUAGAGUGUUACUUCAUCAAAAAUUGGGCACAUCGAAAAAGGCAAAAAUAGAGUUGCCACUGGAGAUACUAAUGGACAAUGCAUCUGUAAAUAUUUAUCACAACCUGAAAGAUACGCACAUUUCCAUAUGUUCACCAAAUGUGCUCUCCUUGUUUUCUGAUAACUUCGAUUUUCAAACAAAGGACGAUUUCGUGCGUGGACUGUUAAUCAAUGAGGAAAUAUUAGGAAGCACCAUUUAUUGGCAUUUAAUUAAGGGGAACCAGUAUGGAGCCGCAGUGACUAAUUGGAGAAUGUAUCAAUCUGUGAGGUAUUCAGUUUCUUUUUUCAAUAAAAUCGACCAAUUUGUCAAAUUAAGCAAUAUCAUGGCUAUAGUCAGUGAAAUAGACAAUUUUCAAUAUAAGAUUAGCAUUUAUAUUCAUAGUGGGUGUUGGUCAAGUUAUACAACGUGUUCAAAGUGUAGUUGGGACUAUUGCUUAUUGCAGCUAUGGAGUUGGUUACAUUAGGAAACACAAAACUUU